GUGAUAUUAUCCAAGUUAUACACAAGUGAAGGUCGUUUUACAUUCACAUCGCAUUCUCCCGGUGAGCAUCUGAUUUGUUUGUAUUCGAAUUCGACAUCGUGGUUCAGCGGUGCGCAGCUGAGAGUGCAUCUGGAUAUCCAAGCUGGAGAGCAUACACAAGACUACGAGAAGGUGGCCGCCAAAGAUAAGUUGAACGAAUUGCAAUUGCGUAUCAGACAGCUAUUGGAUCAGGUGGAACAGAUCACUAAAGAGCAGAAUUAUCAGCGAUACAGAGAAGAACGUUUCCGUACGACCAGUGAAAAUACGAACAGCCGAGUGUUGUGGUGGUCAGUGGCUCAAACAGCCGUUCUACUUUUAACUGGUGCCUGGCAGAUGCGUCAUCUGAAGGGAUUCUUUGAGGCGAAGAAACUUGUUUGA